UUGAUAAAUUAAAAAUGGCUAAAUAUCACGCUAAAUACGAUCCAACUUUCUACCACUUGGAAGCUUGCUGAAAAAGCUGAAGUUACGGCUUAUACAAAGACACAGUUGUCCAGCAUGUUCUUGUAUUCCUGAAGCAAUUCACUAGCUUUACAGUCACUAGGAAAGAUGUGCAGUUCGGAAAAAGUCCGAUAACAAAACUCCUUUGAGUGAGUGGAGGAGUUCCUAUAAUAUACCAUGGUGCAGAUUAUCAAAUCCCAAUCAAUAUUAUAAUCCCGGAAAACUUUCCCUUCAAUGGUCCCAAGGUUAAUAUUGGUUAUGCCCUAGAUGAAGCUUCUGCUUCCACAAAUCCUCUUGUAAAGUAUGGAAAUCAAAUAAUUUGUAAAUAUUUACAAGAAUGGAAGGGAAAUGAUACCCAGUAUAAUCUUGGUGGUCUCAUUCACAACCUCUCUAAACUAUUUUCCAUGCAUCCUCCUCUGGGAAAAGCCGGGUAUGGAGUACUAGAGCAGGAUGUCAUAUAUAUUCACAAUGACGAUUCUCGACCAAAACCUCAAAAUGUGAUUCAAAAACAAUAUACCAAAAUUGAGACUCCUCAACAUAUUCCUGAGGAAACAGCUCCUCAGAAACCAGGAUCCGCCCCAUUUCUCUCUGAAGAGGCACAGAUACUCCAAAUAAAGGAAGAAGAACGACAAGAACUGCUCAAGAACGUCAAAGAAAGAUAUAAAGUCAAACACAAAGCUCUUAAGUACUCCAAACUGACCUUCGAUCAAGGAGGAGCUGACUGCUUCAAGGCCUCUAAAAGGUACCUCGAAGACAACUCUGAAAAACUAAAGAAGCAGUCCUUCCUUCUCGAAUCUGAGAUAGCAGAUAUGGAAGUCCGAGUCAAGAAAAUGAAAGAUUUUAUUGAAAAUAACAAGGAAAAAGAUGUAUCAGAGACUAAUAUUGACGAAUUUAUCUUCGCUACAAAAGAUGGUAUCUCAGAUUCCCUCCUCGAGAUCGUGUCUAAAGAGCAAUCUAUCGAGGAGACUAUUGAUGUAGUCAAGACCCUCUUCAGGAAGAAGACCAUUGACCUAGAGACGUACCUUGAGAAGGUCAGGGACCUUGCAGAAGAGCAGUUCUUCACAUUGGCGAUGAAGAGGAAAUUAUUAGCUUUAUUAAAACAGUCUAGUUAAGUAUUUUCAUCCUAAUAAUUAAUAAAAAUC